UAUAUGAAUAAGUUUUAUCUCAAGUGUGGUGUAUCUUAAUGUCAAAGUCACAUGUUCAAGGGUAAAAAUAAGAGAAAACCGGAUAUAUCCGGUCCGUCAAAUUUCGAGCAUCGAGUCCACACUGGUUUCAAUGAAGAUGAGGGAAAGUUUAUCGGGUUGCCGAUCCAAUGGCAGAGUAUUAUCCCCGAUAUAAAGAACCGGCCGAAGCCAUUUAUUGACGCAAGGCAUAUCACCCCUGUGCCUGUGGAAAAGAAAAUCAUCACUGGGAAAAGUAAAACCAAGGGACCUUUAUCCAACCUCACAGCUAUAUCUGUAACUCGUUCCAACUCACUCCGCAAAGAAAGUCCUCCUGAAAUUAAAAAACUUCAGAGCAGAAGGAUCCCAGAUGUGGUAAAUGAAGACGACUCUUCAGAAAACAGUUCAUCCACUACACAACGGCCAGUGAGGAGCCAUGAACGAAACUCUCGCCGUGAAGAUGACAGAAGACAUCGCAACAACAGCAGCCAUAGACAUGAAGUGAACUCAUGGCAUCCUGGGCAGGGUGGUCACCAAUAUGACACAGUGUUUGAUGAAGAAAAGCGAUCUUCCAACAGCCGGCAUUCCUCGCAUAGAAAACACAGUGAAAGGACAAACAGCGGUCGUACACACUCACGUGAUCGAUACGAGCAACCGCAUGAUCAUCAUCACCGUUCUUCACGAGAAUCGAGGUCACAACGCGACAUAUAUGAUCGUUCGGUGGAAAAGGUUUAUUCAUCAAACCACCGAGACCGAAAUGAUCGGAGUCAUCGAACUUCUGACACUUCGGUUAGAGAAACCUCUGAGUCAGGGCCUGAUUCUCGCAGCCAAAGCAAGAGGACUACAUCACAUUCACGGAGACCACCAGACUCUCAUGAUGUACCUGACCACCGCCAGGCUACAAUGCCCCUACCUUCAGACUCAAGAGAAAAAUCGCGUAAAAACAAGGAUUACUACACCUACUCAAGCACAGUUGAUGUAAGACCACAAAAUGAAAAUACGGUUGCCGAACACACGUAUCAGAAUAUUUCAAAUGGUCACCGUUCAUCUGAGCAGACCAACACUAAUGAAAAGUCAUUUAGAAGAGGGCAAGGUGCUACCCCGGUAUCAAAUUCACAAACCCUUGGAUCACAUGCGACACAAAACAGACGAAACGAUGAUCACCGAUAUAAUGAUAGAGAUUCAGUAGCUGAACAAAACUGGAGAAAGAUGACCGCUUCCCACGUCCAACGAACUGGUGAUUAUAUUCUUCCAAAUAAAUCUCCAUCCCCAAACAAAAUGAAUUCCCCCGUCCAUAUUCGUGGUUAUAAUGAUCGGACGUACACCAGAAAACCCGAACCUUUAAGUCCUGGAGUAUCUGUAGCCCCCCCUGCUGCUCAAAAAGCACUUGGUACAAAACGAGACUCGCAUGCCGUUACCAAUGACCAGUUUCGAGCUGCUUUACAGAUGGUGGUAUGUCCUGGUGACCCUCGGGAAAGUUUGGAGAACUUCCUAAAAAUCGGGGAGGGGUCAACAGGGGUUGUCUGUAUCGCUAACGAGAAGGGUACGGGGCGCCACGUUGCUGUGAAGAAGAUGAACGUUAGAAAACAACAAAGGAGAGAGCUUUUGUUUAAUGAGGUGGUUAUAAUGCGAGACUACCACCAUGAGAACAUAGUUGAUAUGUACAGCAGUUUCUUGGUGGAUGAUGAAUUAUGGGUAGUAAUGGAGUAUAUGGAGGGCGGUGCGCUUACAGAUAUCGUGACGAGAACUCGCCUCAAUGAGCAGCAGAUAGCAACCGUGUGUGUGUCGGUGUUGAAUGCACUUGCAUAUCUUCAUGCGCAAGGUGUCAUACACAGAGACAUCAAAAGUGAUUCGAUUUUAUUAACAAAAGAUCUCACGGUCAAAUUAUCCGAUUUUGGAUUCUGCGCCCAAAUUUCCUCCGAUGUCCCGAAGCGUAAGUCGUUGGUUGGAACCCCAUACUGGAUGGCCCCGGAGGUGGUUUCCCGCACCCCAUACGGCCCCGAAGUUGACAUUUGGUCGCUGGGUAUCAUGGUAAUGGAAAUGGUGGACAAAGAACCUCCCUAUUUUGACGAAGCUCCCUUGCAAGCCAUGCGUAAAAUACGCGACAUGCCACCUCCAAAGUUAAAAAACGCACAUAAGGCUUCCCCACUCUUGAAAGGCUUCCUGGACCAAGUAUUAGUUCGUGAUCCAUCUACAAGAUCAACUGCAUUAGAGUUGCUGCAACACCCAUUCCUCAGAAAGUCUUCCUCGCAUAAAUCCAUCGGCCCCAUCAGCUUACCAGGCAUCACAAGAUAAAUAGAAACCUUCAUGCAUAGGCGCCAAACCUGGGGUGGCAAGGUAGGCAGGCCUGCCCUGGAUUUUUAUUCACUGCAUUAUUCAAUAGACACAAACAAUAAAUUUUUUUCCAUAGGAAUUUGUGUCUAACUAUCCCUGCCUCCCCUGUGUUUUAAAUGUUUGGCGCCUAUGCCCUAAUGUUAAGAUCUUAAGUUGGUGCGCAGGACACACAACCAUUAUGUUUAUGCUACUAAGGUAAAUACCCAUCAGUAAUCUCAUAUUGUGAACAUUGGUGCUUAUACUGAUGUUUAUACAAACUUGCUCAUGGCUGCACUUGGUAAACCAUUAUCUCCUAUAUAUACUCAUAAUCUCAUAUUUACUCUUGAUUACUUUCCUACCAAAUAUACUAUCACAGGCACUUCAUAUAUAACUAUACAGUGGUCUAAACUGUUUAAUUGGAAAAUUAUUUGGUACUAAGCUGUACAAUGGUGCUCGUGUUCCCACCAGCACAGAUUAUCUAGUUUAGUUUAUAUUUUACCAAAAAUGGUUGCUAUUUUCAGUUUCAUAUAUUUAUCUCAAUGUAUAGAGGUAACAAAGUUGUUUAAUUCUUACAUUUGCUUAAUUUGUUGUAACCAUACAACCAAUAUCUUUGCUAUUUUUGUAUUGUUACCAAAAGGAUCAGGCAUAUUGUGAUUAAUUGUAUAUUUGGUUCAAUUUAAAGGCAUGGUGAAGCAAUUCAUUCUCCUUCUAUAUCAUUGUGCUCCGAUAUUUUACUUAUUUUACAUUCUACCAUAUCCUGCCAACUUAUUAUUUUACUUUCUUUUAUAUAUAACGUCACAUGACCCAGCUCAGUGGUUGUAUGAUGUAAACGACUCACAACUGCUGACCGAAUUGGAUUCAGUUGCAAUUUCAACUGGCUUUUUUCGCCAGAAGGGAUAUUUCUUUUUUCCCCACAUAAAUGUAUAAAACUAAAAUACGAAUGCCUGUAAGGAUUAAACAAUCUGUAUUAAACUUUUAGUCAGUAAUUGGAUUUUCUUGGUAUUGCCACAUUGCGUAUAUAUAGACUGUAUGUUUAUAUUCAAGUUUUAAUUUCUAUGUUUUGAGAUUUCGUUUUAUGUUAUUGGACCCUAAAACAAAUAUGAUUACAAUACACGAUGAGAAUAUAUUAUAAA